AAAAUUUGAUUAUUUCAUUUCUUUUCAUUUCGAAUAAAUCAAAUUUAUAUCAUUGUUAAUAUUGCAUUAAACCUUCGCUUUGAUCCAAUUUCGUAAAAAAGGGAAAAUGAAGUUUGCAAUAUGUCGUCUUUGGAACGAUGAGAAAUCGUGCUCUGACUUACGGGGUUUCGAUUUUCUCAUCGAACUAAAACGACUAAACAUUUUAGUUUUCAAAUGCACAAAGUUUCAAUAAAGAUUUUUAAAAGGUUAGCUUAUGCUCGGGAAUUCAAACGUUGCAUCCUAACUUAUGGGAUACGACAUCUUAUUGCAUCGGGAUGAGAAAUCCUUUUACAUUCGUUCAAAUCUAUCCAAGCAUUGUUUUAAAAUAUGGCAUUAAUAAAAAGGGGAAUCGUUUCUAAACUUUUCAAAUUUUCGACAUUUGACUUUGAGACAUUAAUUAAUCAAUUAGGUACCAAUUUUUAGACGUUAAGAGGGUGCUAAUCCUUUCUCGUGCGUAACAGACUCCCGAGCCCAUUUUCUCGAAUUUUGUAGACCAAAAUCAUUAUUUUAAUAAAUUAAAAUGUUUUAUUAAAAUGAUUAAUUUCAAGGUGACUCGAUCACACCUCGAAAAAAAGAUUGGUGACGACUCCAUUUUCAUUUUAAAAGUUUACCCAUUUUUCAAAAUAAAAAUGGUUUCGACAUAAGCUAUUUCUAUAUUUUCCAUUAUUUUUAAACAAUAAAAUAGACGGAUGAAACCAAUUCGAUUUGAGAAAUAUAAAGCUAAGGUCCACCAGUUGGGCUGACCGGGCGGGUAGCCAUGAGCCCCUCAACCCUUGCCCUUAUAUAAGGAUUAUAAGCUGUUGUAAACGCACCGCAAAACCCCAAAACCUUAACCGCCAUUCGGUUUUCAUUUAACAAACAGUAACGCAAACCAGCUUUUCCUCUUUGGGUUCUUGACAAGGAAAAACGUUGCAGUUUUCUCCCUCCUCACAUUGCCCGUCAAUUGCUGCUCUCCGGCGACUGGCAAAACAUGUCUGGGAGCACAGGAGUCGGCAAUGUCCCUCGCCAGCAGCAGACCUCGGGAGGGAGGCGAGGGGGAAGUCGUGGGAGGAGGGGAGGUCGUAGGUCACGUGAAGUGUUUAGGGCUUCUGAAUCCCAGCACCCCCAGCAGAAGGACGCCAGCGACGAUCAGCAAGACCUGAAAUCACCUCCUCCCGCUUGUACGGACUUUGACGUGGCCUACUUUGAGGCUUACGCCCACAUCGGUAUCCACGAAGAAAUGAUCAAGGAUCAUGUUCGAACUGAAGCCUACCGGGAUGCAGUCAUGCAACACCAGAGUUUUAUUCAGGGGAGGGUUGUAGUUGAUGUUGGAUGUGGCACGGGCAUUCUUUCGAUAUUUUGUGCUCAAGCUGGUGCAAAACGGGUUUAUGCAGUGGACGCCAGUGCUAUUGCAGUGCAGGCCAAAGAAGUGGUGAAAGCAAAUAAUUUAGCUGAAACGGUCAUUGUAUUGCAUGGGCGAGUUGAGGAUGUUGAAAUUGAUGAACAGGUUGAUGUAAUAAUUUCAGAGUGGAUGGGCUACACGCUGCUCUAUGAGAGCAUGCUGGGAAGUGUUAUUACUGCUAGAGAUCGAUGGCUAAAACAUGGAGGCCUUAUUCUUCCUUGCGCUGCAACGUUAUACCUGGCACCCAUCACACAUCCUGACAGAUACAAUGACAGCAUUGAUUUCUGGCGCAAUGUCUAUGGAAUUGAUAUGUCUGCAAUGCUGCCGGUAGCAAAACAGUGUGCGUUUGAAGAGCCAUGUGUGGAGACAAUAACGGGGGAAAAUGUUUUGACGUGGCCACAUGUGGUUAAGCAUGUGGACUGUUACACUAUCCAACUCAAUGAGUUAGAAUCCGUAUCAACAAGAUAUAAGUUCCAGUCAAUGAUGCGAGCUCCACUACAUGGAUUUGCGUUUUGGUUUGAUGUUGAAUUCAGUGGGCCAGCAAAUUCUUCUAUAAUCACUCCAAGUCAAUCCCCACUCAUUGGCCUAUCAGAUGAUGAUCCUGUUGAUGAUAUCCCAAGUAAGAAACGCACCAAUCCCAACGAACCACUUGUACUCUCAACAGCACCAGAGGAUCCUCCAACACAUUGGCAACAGACAUUGAUAUACUUGUAUGACCCCAUAGAGGUGGAGCAGGAUCAAAUUAUUGAAGGCUCUGUAACACUAUCUCAAAGCAAAGAAAAUCGUCGAUUUAUGAAUAUCCAUCUUCAGUAUUCUUCGGGUGGCAGAUCCUUUGUAAAAGAGUCGGUAUUUCGAUGAUCCGUUCGAGGUAUUACUACUUUUUACUGAAGACUUGCACAGACAGUGAUUUGACUAACAUUGACCAUACAAAGCUGCACAAAGAUGAAGCUAUUUGUUUUACCUUGGCCAACAAACUGGAAGUUAUGAAAAUUCGACAUUACCUUUGCUGAUGGAGCAAAGAUUAUUGUUUGAAACACCCAUGAGAUGAGAUACUAGUGUAUAGCCAUAUUUUGUAGACUAGUUGAAAAAUUCCUUGCCCUUAUGGUACAAGUAGUAAAUUCAGCAUUUA